CAACUUGGUUGGAUGGCAUACAAAAAAUUGAAAAAAUCAAAAUUGAUGAUAAAGACGAUAUUAAGAAUGAUGAUAGUGAUAAUGAUAGAGAUGAUGCUAAUGAUGAUGAUGGAGAUGAUACUA